AUGGGGAGGUCGCCUUGUUGCGAUGAGAAUGGUCUAAAGAAAGGGCCAUGGACUCCUGAAGAAGAUCAAAAGCUUAUUGAUUACAUUCAUAAACAUGGCCAUGGGAGCUGGAGAGCCCUCCCCAAGCUUGCAGAUUUGAAUCGGUGUGGAAAGAGUUGUAGACUGAGAUGGACAAAUUAUCUGAGACCAGAUAUCAAAAGAGGCAAGUUUUCCGCGGAAGAAGAGCAAACAAUCCUCAACCUCCAUUCCAUCCUCGGGAAUAAAUGGUCCGCUAUAGCGACGCAUUUGCAAGGACGUACAGAUAAUGAGAUCAAGAACUUUUGGAACACACAUCUAAAGAAGAAAUUGAUCCAAAUGGGGAUCGAUCCUGUGACUCAUCAACCAAGAACUGACCUCUUUGCAAGCUUACCUCAGCUCAUAGCCUUAGCAAAUCUAAAGGACCUCAUUGAACAAACAUCACAAUUCUCAUCCAUCCAAGCCGAAGCUGCUCAAUUAGCCAAGCUACAAUAUCUCCAAUGCAUGCUUAAUUCUUCGGCUUCAUUAACCAGCAACAACAAUAGCCCGAGUAGCAUUCUCGAUAUCGAUCAGAACCAUGCCAUGAGCCUCUUAAACUCCAUGGUCUCUUGGAACAAAGACCAAAACCCGGGUUUUGAUCCGGCUCUUGAACUUGAAGCUAACGAUCAAAAUCAAGGUUUAUUUUCACUUGGGUCCAUCAUUAACUCAACCACCCAACCACUCCAACAACAACAAUUCCAUUUAAACAAUAGUCCUUGUGAGCUUCCAUCAGAAAGUGACCCACUUCUUGAUCAUGUCCCUUUCAAUCUCCAAACACCUUUGAAUAGUGAAGAUCACUUUAUGGACCAUUUGGUCAAACAUCCAAAUGAACAUGAUCAAGAUCAUGAAGAUCCAUCUUCAUGGGCCCUCCCUUCUCUUAUCGACCACAAACCUAACGAUGUUCCUCCAUCUCUUCCUCACAAUAUUCCGGCCGAUGCAAGCAGCAGCUCCAGCUAUGGCGGUGGAGACGGUGCGUCGCUUUAUUGGCCUGACUUUUGCUUCGACGAAAGCAUCAUCAAUGAUAUUUCUUAA